AACAUGGACGAUAAUUCAGACCUGGGAAAUUCUGCGAAGAUCCCCACAAGUUCCUCAAUUUCUAGCACAGCUGAAGAACUGUUUUGAAAGCUGUACUUUACACCAAGACGUCAAAGGUCUUAUCAAGGUACAUGUACGAGUAACUUGAGGCCAAGGUUGCCCCAGAAACUAUGGACAAGGAGCCAGCGGGGACAGAUCCAUCUUCGGCCGUCAUCAGCGAGUCAGCCAACGUGGUAGUGCAACGCCUGUCUACGGGGAGUCCUCUGUGGAACUUGACAGCCACAGAUGGCGAGACGGAGACUGAGGGGGAGGUAAUGGACUUCCCCUUCCCCCAUUUUGCCCUGAGAUCAUUGCUGGCGGGCGGCGCUAAGGAUUUAAUUCAUGAUGAUGCUUGCGUGGACGUUGCUCGUGGGAUGACCAAAGAGGAUGCCAGUCUGUUCAACAUUCCCAGCUCUACAUCCCUCCUCACCGAGGCCCAGAUCCACCAGAUCGACUGUGCCCUCUCGGUUGAGGGACCCCAGGCAGACCCCAAGGCUGGCAGAGCCCAAACCCCAGAGUUGAUCAGGGAGGGGUCAAUGGAAGGCGGGGCACCAGGGAAGACAGAGGAGAACUCCGAGAGCCAAGAAGGCUUCCCAAGCGGGAUGGUCAGCGUGGGCAGCUCCGAGAGCCUGGCGCGGUUUGUCAGCGAGGAAAACCCCAUGCUUAACGAGAAUGAUCAGUUUAGUCAUCAGCUGCUAAUGAAUGCAUCAAGUGAUUCUCUCAAAUUGGACAUCCCAGGGGUUCUGGACCUCUCAGGUGAGAGCCUUGAGACAAGACAGCUCCUUGAAGAGGUCAUGAACUCUGAACUCUUGGAAGGGGUCAUCAAGAACGAGUGUCUAGAUGGUCAAGUGGCCGCCACUGCUGUGGUGACCACAAGCGACGGAGAUACAUCAGCUGGGGAAGGCAUCAAAGAGAAGGGGCAUGCUGGUGGCAGAAAGAAGCACAGUAGCACUGAGAAGGCUAUACCGCUGAGAAGGAGUGAGAGACACAAGAAGGCUGAGCAAUCCAAAGUGGAGGCAUCUCAGGAGGCACAGAAAACAGUGAAGAAAACUGGGGUGAAAGAGAAAGAAGGGAAAGUUGUCUCAAGACAGGUUGACGAGAAGAAGGAAGAUAAUAAAAAAGAUGUGAAAAAGGAAAGGGUCUUGGAGACCAAAGAUGCGACAGCGACGAGAAAGAGCCAAAGAUCCAAAACCAGAUUGGAGCAAGAGAAACAUGCAAAGGAGGAAGAAUCUGAAGAUGGAUAUGAACAGGAUAAGGAAGCUCUAGGAUCAUCGGAGAGCUCCAAAGAAAAACAGCACACCAGGCGGAAGCGAAGCUUUCAUAAACGGAAGCAGAGCAAGGGAGAGGAGACUGACUCUGAUCUCGAGGAUGGCAAGAAGACCCUGAAAGAGAUCCAGGAGGAGCUGAAGAGCAAGAGGCAGGCCAAAGCUCUCAAAGAAGGCCAUCAAGUGAUGCAGGAAGUCCCAGAUACCAGUAAAGUUGGUCCCAAGCCUGCAGAUGCCCACAAAAAAGAAACUAGGAGACGGAGCGAAGAUGCCCAACAUGCCAGGUCAGAUCACACCUAUGAGAGGCGGCGAUCGGGAUCAACAUCAGAACAAGGGCCUUCCCUCUUUACCCCUGACAACGCUGUCUUCAUCAAAUUGGGCACUCCGAGAGAUGGGGAAGGAGAAAGAAGAAACCGCUCCUCUGAGAGAAGAAAGGAAAGAACAAGGUCUUGGAGUGAAUUGAGAAGUCAAGAUAUUGAGGAAGGGGACUUGUCAUCAGAUGGCAUUGGAGAGGACGAUGACAAUGAUAGUGACUGGACCAGCGGUGACGAUCCAGAGAAGCUAUGGUGCAUAUGCCGCAAACCUCACGACAACAGGUUUAUGAUCUGCUGUGACCAGUGUGAAGAGUGGUACCACGGGUCGUGCGUUGACAUCACCAAGACUGAAGGCAAACGACUGAAUCGGGAAAAGCUACAAUGGAUAUGCCCAGUCUGCAUCGAGAAAGCAAAACGAGAGAGUAAGAGGGAAAUGAAGAGUGCCAAGGCAGGAGAAACAACCAACCCUCCCGCCGAGAAACCCAUAGACAAACCCGCCCCUCAGCCAACCCCGGAGAAGGCCGCCAAAGAGAGCGCUGAUGUCAAAGGUGAAGAGGCAGAUAUCAGCAAACCUGAGUCAAAGGAAGGAACUGAGAAGUCCCCGGAACCUCCGCAUUCCACCAAGAAAAAGAGGCUGAAAUUCUACAAGCCACCCCCACCCAAGCAGCAUUGCAUCGGCCCUGGGUGUCAGAGUUGGGCACGGCCUGGUUCCAUCUACUGCAGCAGUGACUGCAUAGUCCGGCACGCCCGGCAGUCAAUCCGAAUGAUCCACCAAGAGAAGGAGAAGUCCUUGGGAACCAAGUGGAGGAGAGACUCCACAGGGUCAGUCGGAAACAAGAAUAUCUUGAGCCCUACUAGCCAUAAGCAUGAGCCUGAGCGCAUCCCUGUCUUGGAACGUCACACGGGUAAGGUACGGACAGGUCUGUCGGCACCCAUCCAGGAACAACUCUAUGACUUCCUGGAGAGGCACCCAUCAUAUGAGGUCUUGCGUCCUGGCAUGCAGCACGGCGUGGCAGCAUUCUAUUCAUCAAAAUCCAAACCGACAAAGGACAAGAAAGAAGAACAGAUAGAGGCACGGGUCCGAGAACGUGAAAGGGAGGAGCAGCGACAGCGAGACUCCAAGCUAGAACAGAAGACAAACCCCCACAAAGACCCCAGCAGGGACGGGGAGAAAGCUAAGGAGAAAGCGCCGGUCAAGGAGAAGGCAUCUGUGUCAAAGGAGAAGGCGUCUACGUCCAGGGAGAAGGCACCUAGCAAGGAGAAGACCCCAAACAAGGAACAGCCGGAGAAAAGCAAGAGGUCCGAGGAGCAGGCGAAGGAGAGCGUGAGAAGAAAUGUGAGGGAGUCAUUGCGAGACAUGCUGGGAACAAGGGUGAAAGGAGCCAAAGACCUGAAGGACUAUGAAGACCAAGUCAAGAAGAAGGCCUACAUGAUUGAGUAUGAGCUGUACCGACUGUACAAUGACACAGGCUCCAAGUACAAGUCACGAUAUCGCAGUCUGUUCUUCAACAUCAAAGACAGUAAAAACCAGGGUCUCUUUCGCCGAAUUCUGAAAGGUGAAAUCUCGGCGGCUAAGCUGGUGCGCAUGUCGUCAGAACAGCUAGCAUCCAAAGAACUGGCACAGUGGCGAGAACGGGAGGCUAAGCAUUCUCUGGAAAUGAUUGUCCAUGAGGAAGUCGAAAGGAAGUCACUACCCCUGACAAAAAAGACGCACAAAGGAGAAGUGGAGAUCAAUGACGACAACCUGAGCAGCCUGGAGGCGCACGACAAGGAGACCAAGCCAACCAUCGACAUGAAGAUCAUCGAGAAGAAUGUUCCCUCAGCCACCAACCCACUGGACAACAUGCUGGUGGACACCACCACACAGCACCGAGCCCACCUCUUCGACCUCAACUGCAAGAUCUGCACGGGCAAGAUGCCUGCGCCCCGGGAGGAGGACUCCCUGACCCUGGCCAAGAAGGCCAAGGUUGCUCGGACCACGUUCCCUGAGGACGAGGAGGGGGAGGGACCAAGUAGCAGCCCCUCUGGGGGUGGAGAGCUGACUGCGGAGGAUGAGAAGGCAACCGGGGAACAGAUGAGCCCCAUGGAAACGGAAGAUUCAGAACCGUUCUCUCAACCUGAUGAUGGUCCUUCCCCCCAGCCUAGCCCCAUCGCCCCAUCUCCCAAGGAGCAGGCCCCUAUCCGACGCCCCCCUCCAUCCCUCUGGAACGGCUCCAUCACCAUGGAAGAGGUGGCAAAGUUUGCCAUGGCUGGGUUUCAUGUCUCAGGCCCCAUUCGAACGAUAUCUAUGGACAUGCCAGAGAACAUUGUCAUUUGUGGUCGUAUCCCGUACCCUGUGGUCUGGGACUACUUUAAGCAGCUGCGCAAGGCUAACACCACUGACCUGAUCGUGCUUCGCUUCCACGUUGUCCAGGAAGAGGACAAAUCGGCCUACAUCACCCUGUUCCAGUAUUUCCACAGCCGGCAGCGGAUCGGUGUGGUUGGGAAUAAUCGCACCCACAUCAAGGACAUGUACAUCCUCCCGCUGUCUGCCCACGAGCCAGUGCCCCAGGAGAUUAUGCCCUUCAAAGGGCCUGGUUUGGCAGAGCCCCGCCCUCACAUGCUACUUGGCCUGCUUGUGCGACACCGUGAGCGAGCGCGCUCAGCAAGCCUAGGUCACACCCCUCGCUCCAGCAUCUCCCACCAUGACUCACAGCUUCAUCCCAAGCCACAACCACCACCACAACAGCAGAAACGACGGCUGUCGGACACACACACACUGAGCACAGCUUCGCGCUCACCCACCGACCCCGAGGAGUUUCUCAACAACCCUGAGGAGCACGGCUUUGGACCAAAGCGGUUCCGCCCCUCCCAAGAACCAUUACUCAUCCCCAAGAAGCAACUCAUGGAUCCCAUCGUGGCCCAGUACGCCAAUGCAGACCCGACCGAGCUCACUGCUGAGCCCUACUCACCGACUCAAGAGGAGAUUGAGGCCCCCUAUGACCCAGCAGAUGUCCUGGAUGUCAUAGGUGAAGUGCCAAAGGCGAAAGGUCAAACAUCAGGAGAAGAAUCCAGCAAGGAGGGGUCCAUGCAAAGCCCAACCAAACUCACCUCCCUCCUACAAGAGAGUGGGCAAAGCAUGAGCGCCAGCGAGAUUGCAAAUGCGGCAUCAGACGUCACAGCCAAUUUACUGACAGCAUUCAGCUCCAAGCCAAACCUGACUGAACAGCAGCAGCUUCUGAUCAAGCUGACGCAGCAGGUAGAAGAUGCCAAGAAGGCUCUGCUGGACAGGCAGAUCGCAUCCUUGCAGUCAGAGAUCGAGAAGGCCACUAGCGAUUCGGACUUCAGCCCAGGGCACAGCUCCGUAUCAACGCCCAGACAGCCCAUUGCUGUAGUGGGCGGCUCCACAAGCCAACUCCAAGUUCCUGAAGGCACAGCAGAAGACCAGACAGGGUCACCACAGAUUCGCCGCGCACCAGCAGACUCCAGCACAGCUGCAGCAGAUGAUCAGGGUGGCGCCACACCAACCAAAGAUGAACCAGAAUCGAAAGAUGCUGAAACCAAAGCGGAGCCAGGAUCAACCAACCAGGAUCGCUCAGCAUUAGAUUUCAUCCAAGCCACACUGUUCGAGCCCAAAACAAUUCCCUCAGUGACGGCUAAAGUUUCAACCCCAACUCCACCCCCGAUUGGUAGGAUUCCAAUUAUAAACGUUACUGACAAAGAACCUUCGCCACCAUUCCAGGGCUCUUAUGAGCCAAAGUUUACCCCACCCCCUACUGCACCAACCUACAACCCUUCCCCCUACGGCUAUGACCAGGGACAACAGAGGGCACCUUUUGGGGAGCAGCUGUAUAAUCCAGACCAGUCGUACAACCCAUCUCACCCAGCUUCACCAGUGGAGGAGUACCAGCCAAUAGAAGAGCCGAAAUGGCAGGGCACCAGGGACUACGAUCAUGGACAGCCUGGUCCAAGUGGUACGACAUACUCCCGGCAGGACUAUGACCCAUACCCAUACAGCGGGGACAUCGACUACAGACCACACAGCCACGGCCAGCAGGAACCCUAUGCCGACCGACAGGGCUAUGAUUCCUACGGCCGGGAUUACAACCCACACAACAGGGGCCGAGGUCAUGGCUGGGGUCAGCGAGAUGAAAAUCAAGACUCACGAGGCUACAGCAAGGGAAGAAGUUACGACAAUGGAAGAGAACAAGAAUGGAGGCACCAAACACGUGAUUACGGACACGGCUACCCAAGAUACUAACGUCUUAACUCUUAGCUAUUUAUUCCAAAAUUAGAAACGUGCUGUAGAAAUUCCAAAUCUCAAGCUGCUAAAUCUGUUCAUACACUGCGUAGGAUUCUGUACAUACAAAUUCUUGAGUGAAAUUUACGACCUGGUAUGAUGCAUCUCAUUGCCAGUCAGUUUCUGAAACCCAAAGAGUAUACACUGGAAAGUCAUGUGGAGGAACUCACCAAGAAGGGGGCAACUUGAAAUUGUGAAGAGCUUUGAGGGGCUGGGUUUUUAUUGAUCCUAUCUAUUGCCUGCCAACAUGUAAUGGUACAUAGGGAUUUUCUAGAAGUUGGUCUUGCAUGACCUGUCAAACUGUGCAGAGGCUGGCGAGCACCUUAGAUUCUGUGCCAUGCAUGUUCCAUUUUUUCUCAUUGUUUUUCCACUGUCUAACAAAUUUGACGAAGGCAGAUUAUCGUCUUACAUUUUGACAUGAUUUUUUUGGGGGAAAAUGCAAUGUUCCUGUCUGAUCUUGCACCUGUUCUAUGUAAAUUCCUCUCCAAGCCAGUAACUGCUCCAGAUGUGUUUGUAUCAGGCAGUACAGUACCCGUACUUAAAAAAAAUGUAUUGCAUUAUGUUUGAUUUAGGAAAUUUCCAGGAGUUUUGAGGAAUGCUCUCAGUUGUGCUAUUCAAAACUGUUUACGUGUCUGUUUCUCACGUACUGUAUGUUUCCAAUGACAAACAGAAGACAACCUGAUUAAUGUGGAAGUGUACUUUAACUUACAUGUACAUCUUCUUUAUCCCUAACCCCCUAGGGUGUAUGUAAAAUCAUAUUGAAAUCGGAGGAUUUGGGACUGGUAGAGUUAAAAAAGGUAUUAUUUGGGGUGCCAUUUUAAAAAUGUCACCGGUAGAUGAACGUGUGCUGGUGGUAUCAACUUUUAAUCAAUCGCAUUGAUCAUCUUUUAAAAUCUGUACAUUGUCAACUGCCAUAGUGUUCAUGUGUUUGUUUUUUUUCUCUGUAAAUACAAAAUAAAAAGCAUGAACCGCAAUGUGUCGUUUAGACCCUCAUUUUGUCUGUUUACUGCAGAUAGCAGCUACUUUUUUGUUAUUCAGCUAUUGAACUUGCAGGCUACAGGUCCAAUAUAAAGGUUCAGAGUUAUUAAGGAGUAAAGGGUCAGGAUUAAAGGUCAAAAGCUAGAGGGUUAGAUGUUGAGGCCAAAAUGCAUUUGACUCUCAAUUAAUGUCAUUUAACCUCUUUUUAAAUGAGGAACUCCAUAUACAAGCAAAACUUGUUCUUCAGCGUUCUAAUUUUAUUUUUGCUCAAUUUUUGUUUCAAUUCUGCAUUGUUAUGAAGCCUCCACCCAAGCCAAUUUUUGUUACAAAAAAGUACCUGAAACAGGAAUCGUGAAA